AUUCAUUCAUUCCUUCUUCUCCUACCCCCUUUCAUUUUUUGCGUUUACUCCGUUUCUAAAUGGCUUCCGAUCGGUUGACUCGAGUUCACAGUCUCCGCGAGAGGCUUGAUGAGACUCUCACAGCGCACAGGAACGAAAUCUUGGCCCUCCUCUCAAGGAUUGAAUCCAAGGGCAAGGGGAUUCUGCAGCACCACCAGGUCAUUGCAGAGUUCGAGGAGAUCCCUGAAGAAAACAGACAGAAGCUAAUUGACGGGGCUUUCGGAGAAGUCCUCAGAUCUACCCAGGAAGCCAUAGUUCUGCCACCGUGGGUUGCCCUGGCUGUCCGCCCCAGACCUGGUGUUUGGGAGUACCUGCGCGUGAAUGUGCACGCUCUUGUUGUCGAAGAGCUUCGUGUUGCAGAGUACCUGCGCUUCAAGGAGGAGCUCGUUGAUGGAAGCUCGAACGGCAACUUCGUGCUCGAGUUGGACUUCGAGCCGUUCAGCGCAUCAUUCCCCCGACCGACUCUGAACAAAUCGAUCGGAAAUGGUGUCGAGUUCCUCAAUCGUCACCUUUCAGCGAAGCUGUUCCAUGACAAGGAAAGCAUGCACCCACUGCUUGAAUUUCUCAGGCUUCACAGCUUCAAGGGAAAGACUAUGAUGUUGAACGACAGGAUCCAGAACCUGAACUCCCUCCAACAUGUUCUCAGGAAGGCCGAGGAUUAUCUCACCACACUCGCUCCUGAGACUCCCUACUCCGAGUUCGAACACAGAUUCCAGGAGAUCGGUUUGGAAAGAGGGUGGGGAGACACCGCCGAGCGUGUCCUAGAGAUGAUCCAGCUUCUGUUGGAUCUUCUCGAGGCACCUGAUCCCUGCACUCUCGAGACAUUCCUCGGAAGAAUCCCCAUGGUGUUCAACGUUGUCAUCCUCUCUCCCCACGGUUACUUUGCUCAGGAUAAUGUCUUGGGAUACCCCGAUACCGGUGGUCAGGUUGUUUACAUCUUGGAUCAAGUUCGUGCCUUGGAGAACGAGAUGCUCCAACGCAUUAAGCAUCAAGGCUUGGAUAUCAUCCCUCGCAUUUUCAUUAUUACUCGUCUUCUGCCAGAUGCAGUAGGAACUACCUGUGGCCAACGUUUGGAGAAGGUCUUCGGUACUGAGCACUGCCAUAUUCUUCGUGUUCCCUUCAGGGACGAGAAGGGCAUGGUUCGCAAGUGGAUCUCCAGAUUCGAGGUCUGGCCAUACCUGGAAACCUACACCGAGGAUGUUGCUCAAGAGCUUACCAAGGAGUUGCAAGGCAAGCCAGAUCUGAUCAUUGGAAACUACAGUGACGGAAACAUUGUUGCCUCUUUGUUGGCACAUAAAUUGGGUGUUACUCAGUGUACAAUUGCUCACGCACUUGAGAAGACCAAGUACCCAGAUUCUGACAUUUACUGGAAGAAAUUCGAAGACAAAUAUCACUUCUCCUGCCAAUUUACCGCUGAUCUUUUCGCAAUGAACCACACCGACUUCAUCAUCACCAGUACCUUCCAGGAGAUUGCUGGAAGCAAGGAUACUGUCGGACAGUACGAGAGCCACACUGCUUUCACCCUUCCCGGACUCUACAGGGUAGUUCACGGUAUCGAUGUGUUCGAUCCCAAGUUCAACAUUGUUUCCCCCGGUGCCGACAUGAGCAUCUACUUCCCGUACACUGAAACUAAGCGCAGGUUAACCUCCUUCCACCCCGAGAUCGAAGAACUUCUCUACAGCUCCGUCGAAAAUGAAGAGCACAUUUGUGUGUUGAAAGACCGGAACAAGCCAAUCAUCUUCACCAUGGCUAGAUUGGACCGUGUGAAGAACAUCACAGGACUAGUCGAGUGGUACGGGAAGAACGCCCGCCUGCGAGAGCUGGUGAACCUCGUGGUUGUGGCCGGUGACAGGAGAAAGGAGUCGAAGGAUUUAGAAGAGAAGGCUGAGAUGAAGAAGAUGUACGGUCUGAUCGAGACUUACAAAUUGAACGGGCAAUUCAGGUGGAUCUCAUCUCAGAUGAACAGGGUGAGGAACGGAGAGCUAUAUCGUGUGAUCUGUGACACCAAGGGAGCUUUCGUGCAGCCUGCUCUGUACGAGGCUUUUGGUCUGACCGUCGUGGAGGCCAUGACCUGUGGUUUGCCAACUUUCGCCACCUGCAACGGUGGUCCGGCUGAGAUCAUCGUCCACGGCAAAUCUGGAUUCAACAUUGAUCCAUACCACGGUGACCGCGCCGCCGAGAUCCUGGUUGACUUCUUUGAGAAGUGCAGGGUUGAUCCAUCUCACUGGGACACCAUCUCCCAGGGCGGUCUGAAGCGUAUUCACGAGAAGUACACAUGGCAGAUUUACUCUCAGAGGCUUCUCACUCUCACCGGCGUGUAUGGCUUCUGGAAGCACGUGUCCAACCUCGACCGCCGUGAGAGCCGCCGCUACCUCGAGAUGUUUUACGCCCUCAAGUACCGCAAAUUGGCUGAGUCCGUGCCCCUUGCCGUUGAGUAACAAGAGAAGACUAUAGUUAAAAUGUUAAGAGAUGAAGAGUCGGCUUUCGCACAUUUGAAGUUCCCCCCCAAGUUUUUACAACUAAUAAUAUCAUUGUUUGAUAUUGUUCUUAGGAUUUGAGUUGAAUAUGAAAAAAAAAAAGUUUUGUUUGCCUUUCUACUUUUUUUUCGUGGUCCAAUUAUUGUAUGCGAUUGCAAAUCUAUCAAUUCAAUUUUAAGCCGUGCCUUCUUCA